AUGUCUCGCUCCAGCCGUGGCGACGGCCGCAGCCCGGGCGGCACCAGCCGAUCGGCCGAACCCCCCGGCCCCGAUCUGGACCUCUCCCCCCAGCGCGGGCCGCCGAUCGCGGAUCAGGGUGCCUUCCCGGGGCUGGGAGAACAGGGCGGCAUGCCGGCGGUGUUCGGCGGGCUGUGGACGCGGACGUCGGGCGGGGAGGAGGGGGGAUCGGGAGCCCAAGGGAGCGGGGCGCAUCGCGGGGAUGCGGGCAAGGCGGAGUGGGAGAGGGCCGCGAACACGUCGGCGGAGGCGGGGCACGCAGGGAGGAGGACCUCAAGCACCUUUGAAAGGCGGCGAAGGAAGCGCAUCCCCACACUUUUGCGCAAACGAAGUUCGACAGAACCAGGCUCACCCUGCCGUCCACAUCGCCCAAGCUUUCGUGUUCAGCCCAUUCAUGAUGAAGCCACCUUUGUGAGCUGUGAGCUGAAUGGGCCAUUCCGCCCCAGGAGCACCUCUCCAUCUGGCGGCUUUUUUGACCACAACUGGUCAGAGUCCACGAGCCCAAGCACAAGCUGCACUGGUGUCGUGCAGGGAACUGCAUUCAGUGGCCCUGUGGAGGGUGCCACUGGCGCUGAGGACCAUAUGCUGAGGGUUGACUCUCUGGGCAUGUCUCAGGAAGUGGCUGAUACAGCAGCUCAGGUGGCGAUGGGAAAGGAAGGGCCAGCAGAUCCCAAGAAGCCUUCCCACCUUGUGAUCGACACUUCCAAAAAGCAUCCAUCACCGUUUAUGGUGCUUGACGAGCGUGAGGAUGCUGGGGCACUGGUGGCAGCUAGCAAGAGCACAGACUGUGGCGGGAUGGGCAGCGCUGGAUUCUCAUUUCCUGUGACGCCGCAGUCUGAGGAGAUCGUCUCGUUCGUCUCUGUGGACACCCAGGCCUCAAUUCCCUUCAAUUCACUUACCAUUGAGGAUGGCCAUUUCUCCCCGUUCCUGUCAAUAGACAGUCACACACAGGCAUCAGGAUGGAACUCUCCUGAUGGGGCUGAGGGCCAAAAUGGUCACAGGCCCUCUGCAGAAGUUGCUCGAACAGAUGAAGCAGGUGCUCAUGAAUCAGUUCGCGAACCCUCAGAGAUGGAGUACUCACCGGGAAACUACCCCGAGACUGCGCAGCAAUUCGGCAGAGGGAAUGUUGUGGAUGACUCAUGGGAGGUCAUCAACCUGAAAGUGUACCACAAAAAGGGUGCCACAGGCUUCGAAAUGUCCAAAAAUCUGCAGGUGAGGAGAGGUGACAUAGUGGCAGGUCGCUAUCGUGUCAUCAACGAACUUGACACAGCGGCCUUCAGCUACGCAGUGUCAGCAGAAGACCUGAAGUCUGGCAAUUAUGUGUGUCUGAAGAUCAUCAAGAAUAACAAGGAUUAUUUUGAUCAGAGCCUUGAUGAGAUAAAGUUGCUUCGAAUGAUCAAUACCCACGAUCCAAACGAUGAGGCGGGCAUUGUCCGCAUGUACGAUUUCUUCUACUACAAAGAACACCUCAUAAUCGUUUUUGAGCUGCUGAACAACAAUCUGUACGCCAUGCAUCGGAGGAGCAUCCGCGAUGGUUUGCCCACAUACUUCACACUGCAGAACAUCCAGUCUAUCGCCCGCCAGAUUUUGCGUGCAACUGCCUUCUUGCACUCACUGAACAUCAUCCAUGCAGACCUCAAGCCUGAAAAUGUCCUCAUGCAGAUGUUGGAGCCCUGUCGUGUCAAGAUAAUCGACCUGGGCUCUUCCUGCUUCACCACCGACCACCUUGGAUCGUACAUUCAAUCCCGAGCGUACCGUGCGCCAGAGGUCAUCCUUGGGCUGCCGUACUGCGAGAAGAUCGAUGUCUGGUCAAUCGGCUGCAUCGUGGCCGAGAUGGCAACGGGCUAUGCCCUAUUUCAGAGCGACUAUGCCGGUGGCGUCCUGGCGUGCAUAGAGAGCCUGCUGGGCCCCCUGCCCGCCCUGAUGCAGGCGGAGGGCAAGUACAGCAGCAACUACUACACGCGGUCGGGGCGGAUAUACCACCAGAACCCCUCAACGCAGCAGUACGAAGUGCUGCAGCCGCUUCAGACGGACCUCAGGAGCUGCCUGGAGACAGACGACCAGCUGUUCUUGGACUUUCUGUCCUUCUUGUUGGUGGUGGACCCGUCGGAGAGGCCCUCACCAGAGGACGCUCUCAGUCACCCCUGGCUUCAAGCGGAGGUUGGAGGGCCCCCUCAGAUGAGCUCAGGCUUUUGA